GCCGUGAUGGUCUUGCAAAAGUUCAGCUUGCAGGACCAAGCGGCCUUCCGAGACCUGCGCCACCUCGCCGCAGUGUCUUGGCUGCCCAGCAUCGAGGGCCACUCGUUCUGGGUUGGCUUCGACGCCGGCAAGGCACGCGGCAACGGGGCGAAGGUGGAUUGGAGCGCUCGCGGUCUCGGCCCGCCGCGCGGGCGCGUCGCGCUCGCCGCUGAGGCGCGCGUGGGGGGGGCGCAGUGCGGCGCGACCUCCGCGCUCAACCUUCGGGCGGUGCUCGACGGGGAGUUGAAUGUGACAAACGAGCAAAUCCAGACGCGCACUGCCUCCCGCUUCGACUUCUUCAAGCGCGGCCCCGGCCCGAUCUUGCGCGCGCAGACCGAGAUCACCACCGCAGCCAUUUUAGCCGUGAAAAUGGUGACGGCCCUGCUCGACGACCGCGGGCGCCGCGCGAUCGGGCCCUUCCCGCGGGGGCUCCUGUGGCGCAGGCGCCAGGCGGGCAAGCUAGAGGGCGCCAGCGCCAAGACGGGCCCAAGACAGAGGGCGCCGCCGAUGGAGACGGCUGGAUCGUACAGCCCCGUGGGCGCCAGGCUCAGCGCAAGGAUUUACAUGCGUGAGAGAUCGAGGCCCAGCUGGUCCGCCGGCGAGGCGAGCUGGAUGGGGGCCCGUGCAGCGGCUGAGAUGGCCAAGGCUGCCGCGCUGCCGCGGUCCGCGCGUAUGCGCAGGGAGGCAAACGCGGCGGGCAAGGCAGAACAGCGCCUUGGCAGUGCCCGCAAGGCCCACGAGGCCAAGCGUGAGGCGCGCGAGGAGCUCGUCGAGCAGCUCGCCGCCCUCGACACCGAGCUGGAGGAGGACGAGGAGGCCUUCCGCCGCUUGGAGGCUGAGAUCAAGGCAGCAGUGGAGGCCGAACGGUUGCACCAGGCGGCGGAGCUCGCUGAGCGCAGCCAUGUGCCAGGGCUCCUCACGCAGUUCCGUGGUGGCCUGCAGGCAGCGCGGCGCGCUGGCAACUUCGAGUGCGCGUGGUCGGAGAUCGAGAAGCAGAUGUCGGCUGUGACGGCGCAGCUCGCUCUGGCCAGCGCGCCGCCGCGCGAGUCAUGGGCGGAUCGCUGCCCCAUCGAUGACGAGCUGGACAUCAAUGACGACGAGGCCCCCCUCGCCUCAGCCGCCGAGAAGGUUGGCCUGCCCCGUGGCCAGUUUGGCCCGCGAGGCGACUGCGCCCUGGCCGACUGGGAGGGCGCGGCGGGGGUUGGCCAGGCGGGCCACCCCGCAGGGCUGAGGGGCUCGGGCCAGGAGGGCCACCUCACGUGGCUGAGGGGCGCCGCCAGGUGGGCCCGCCCCGAGGACCUGGCCGAGCGGGGUCCUUGGGCGGUGCCCGCAGGCCUCUCUCGCCGACUGCUGGGAGUGGAAGUGAUGAUGCCGUCGGGCCUGGAGCCCAUGGUCGCCUCGGCCUACUUCGAGCACGUUGUCGGGCCAAGGGCAGGCGACCUCGACUUGCUGAGAGCGGUGGCGCAGCUCACCAUGGCAGCUGGGCGUAUGUCGCGGCUCCUGCAGGCGGACUUCAACAUGGAGGCAGCGACCCUGCAGGCCUGGAGCCCUAACCCCCGCCCGCCCGUAGAGCUUGCCUUCCAGGGUGCGAGGCCAGACGCGCUGGCCCAGGUCACGAACAAGCCGAGGCCUUUCCCGCAUCGGGACAUCAAGGCCUGCGAGGCCCAGGAUGUCCGCGUGGUUUUGCUCAAGGCUCUCGGUGCUAUAACUUCGUAUGCGUACACUCGCACUUACUUUGUGUUCUCGAGCGCAAUUAUAAAAUACCUGGUCAGAAUGCUCUGCGUCAGGUCUCUUAAGGCUUCCAUUUUCGCACUCGUGAGUUCCCAAGUUGUCGGGAUAAGCGUCAAUGGCGUGGGCACGGUGAGAGUGAGGAGUCGCGACGUGGAGUGGCUAAAGGGUGUCAGCGUGGAUGGUGACAAUGAGUGCAGCGUGGAAGAUGAAUGUAUUGUGGGAUCCGGCUUGGGCAAGUGCACAGUGAUGGUGGACCCCGCCAAGACGAUUCCGUUGGGCAGCACUGACGCGGGGUAUCAUUCCGAAUUCAUCUUCAAUAGCACCACGGUGUCGCAGGCCGAAUCUUCACGGUAUCCUACGCCAAUAUCCGACAUUACUAUCGCAGGGCAUUCGCACAUGUCGCAUUGGAACCUUUGCUGGAAGUCAAACAUCGAUCGCAACGCCUUGCGGGAAAAACGUGUGGAGGAUUAUUGUUACCACGUGAACGGUAUCUGUUUCCUUUGGGCUUCUCCGUGUUCUGGCGGAUGUUCCAAACUUGAGGACCUCACAUCGUAUUCGUCCUUCUGCCCUGGGCUGCGCUACGCCACGUCAGAGGAGUUUUCUUCUGCUUUGCCUGCAUUGAACGCAGGCCGAGAUGAGUUCUACAAGAAGUGCGCAGCAAGCCGACUGGACCCGUGGUGGAACCACUGCGAUUAUGGGAAUAAUUUCGGGCGGGUGGAG